CGCGGUGGCCGGAGCUCCGGCCUGGGGUGUGGGAGCGGAAGGUGAGGUCAGGCGGCGGCCCUGACAGCGCUGAGCCAGUGAGAGCGCACCCGGUGCCAAGGCCUUCAGCCGCCCUCCUCCCCACAGGUAAACAGUUAUUUGCAAAGGAGAAUUACGACAGAUGAAGAGUUUCGACAUGACGCAGUUGUGUCACCCAUUGGACAUCCAUUGAACUUUCUCAAAGGACCAUUUAUUUUAAUUAUACUGUAUUUCCCCGUGCCACAAUUUGAGAUGGCGUCCAAACGUUGCUCCUCCUUUUGUUCUCGGUCAACAGUGUAUACACUGGUUUUGGGAGCGCUCUUUGUCAGCCUUGGCUCUGGUCGGAUUCUCCUCAUGAAGUUCUCUGCUAAUGAAGAGAGCGUAUACAAUUACUUGCCUGCCACAGUGAAUUUAUGUGCAGAGGCUGUAAAGUUGGCAUUUUGCACCAUUUUAUCGCUAAGGGUUCUGAUACAGGAAGGACAGACGUGCAAAGAUUUGGGAUGUUCUUCUUGGCAGAACUUUCUUGCGUUUAUGAAAUGGUCUGUUCCAGCAUUUCUCUACUUUGUAGAUAACUUAAUCUCCUUCUAUGUGUUGAUCUACCUUCAACCAGCAAUGGCGGUCUUGUUCUCAAAUUUUGUUAUCAUCACAACGGCUCUUCUAUUUCGUAUUGUUCUGAAGCGGCGUCUAUCCUUGGUGCAGUGGGCAUCGCUCGUGAUUUUGUUCCUUUCCAUCGUUGCACUCGUAUCAGGGACUGGAGUAGACCAGCAUGUGCCAAUGCGCAAAUUAAGUCACCACAACCUCCACAAUACUUCCAACAGCUGUGUUCUCACUACGUCUCAGGAUAAAAACAUACAGGAAAUGAUGGAGAGAAAUUCCACAGCGCUCAUUGAUCUACCUUCAGAAUGGGACUUGGGUAUAUUGAAAAAGCUGAGCUUUGGUUUCGGCCAUUUCUGUAUAAUUAUACAGUGCUUUGUUGCUUCCUCGGCGAAUAUCUACAAUGAAAAAAUCCUGAAAGAAGGAGAUCAGUUGACUGAAAGUAUUUUCAUUCAGAACACCAAACUGUACCUUUUUGGAGUUGUAUUCAAUGGAUUGAUACUAAUGAUUCGCUCUGAAUACCGUACCCACAUUCAACAUUGUGGCUUCUUCUAUGGACACAAUCUGUUUUCUGUGGCACUAAUUUUUGUCACCGCUGCCUUUGGACUUUCUGUCGCUUUUAUCCUGAAAUUCCGAGACAACAUGUUUCACGUUCUCACCGGACAAAUAAUAACUUUGAUUAUUACUACAGUAUCUAUUUUCAUAUUCAAAUUUAAACCAUCUUUGAGCUUCUUUUUAGAAGCCCCAGUUGUGCUGUUGUCUAUAUUUAUUUACAAUUCCAGCAGGAUAAAGGACCCAGAGUAUGCAUUACUACAGGAACGACUGAAGGUUAUAAAUGGUGAACUUCUAGAGCGUUCGAGUGGGGAUGGUGAGGAGUUGGAGAGGUUGACAAAACCAACUGAUACCGAAACAGAGGAAGAUUCCUUCUAGUUUACGACACUUAAUUAUUUAUUGUUUUUUUUAAUUCUGAGCUUAAUGAAUGGACCCUUUUCUAGGUGGUAU